AUGGCUGCGUGGGCGGACUGCGUGAAAACACGCAGGCAAAUCAAUGCGUCUGUUGAUAGAGUUGGUGUCGGACACCCACGCCUCCAACAGUUCUCGCCCUGUCUUGUUGCCGGCUCACGCCAAUAUCCGCGUGUGGGCGACGUCGAAAUCAUGGCCUUCCUCCAGCGUGUGAGUGGCCACUUGAGAUAGUGGGCCGCCCGUUCGCUUUCAAGUAUUUGCGAGUCGGGACGUCGUCCUGUUUGGCCUGUGUAGUAGCAAGAUCAGUUAUUGCACGCGAUUUGAUAGACUACGCCCGAGUGUUUACCUACGUCAAACCGAUCACUCAUUUUCCUGAUCCUGCUACACAUGGCCGCCACCGGCUGACGAGCGAUACCCACCCCUUACUCUGACGCAAUGCGUUCUGUAUCCUCGGACACAUUCCUUAUGUAACUGCAACUGAGCAUAAUUCGGCCGUCCGAGAGUCCAUGGGCGUCCCCUCUGCAUAUGGUGCCCAAGGCGACAUCAGACAACUGGCGGCCCUGUAGUGACUAUCGCGCCCUCAACAAGGCGACCGUCCCGGAUCGUUAUCCCGUCCCUCAUCUUCAAGAUUUUGCUACAGCUCUUUUCGGCAAAUCGGUUUUCUUGAAGAUUGACCUUACGCGGUCCUUCCAUCAGAUUCCUCUCGCUCCUGAGGAUGUUCCCAAAACUGCCGUCAUUACACCAUUCGGCCUGUUUGAAUUUAUUCGCAUGCCAUUUGGUCUUCGCAAUGCUGCCCAAACAUGUCAAAAGGUUCAUUGACCGAGUCCUACGUAAUCUCCCUUUUAUGCACGCCUACAUCGAUGACCUCUUGGUGGCCAGUCAAAAUGCCGAGGAACACAAAGAGCAUCUUGCCUAAGUGUUUGACCGCCUCGAUCAGUUUGGCGUGGCCAUUAACCCUUCGAUAUGUGUUCUGGGUGUGCCGUCCCUUGAUUUUCUUGGUCUCCAUGUCGAUGCACAAUGUUUGCCUCCCCUCUCUUCCAAAGUUGAGGCCAUUCGUGACUUUACUCCACCAACCUCCAAGCGUCAGUUGCAACGUUUCCUUGGCUUGGUAAACUUUUAUCGCCGGUUCCUGCCGAACUGUGCCGACCUUGUGCUGCCACUCACCAACUUGCUCUCUGGUCCCAAGGGUCCUCUUGAGUUACGUGGUCACACGCUGACUGCUUUUGAGAGAAUAAAGACCUUCCUUGCUGAUGCUACCUUGCUCACUCAUCCUGUUUCAGAGGCCCCAUUGUCCCUGAUGGUUGAUGCUUCGACCGUUGCCGUAGGAGCAGUCCUCCAACAGCAUAUCAACGACUCGACACGACCGUUGGCAUUCUUCUCCAAGAAGCUUUCACCUGCCGAGACGAGAUAUAGCACGUAUGGCCGUGAACUUCUUGCCAUUUACCUAGCCCUAAAACAUUAA